AUGGAAUUAAAUAGAAUACAGUGUCCUUGUUAUUUCGAAAAGGGAUUCAACUGGAGAGGUGUGCGCGGAGACAACGCGAACAGUCUCCGCCUCGUUAUGCGCCGCUUCAAAUCUCCUGAUAACAAACCACGGGUUAAGCACGCGUCCCGAAUAAACUUUUAUUUGCUAGAAUAUUGGAAAACUUGGAUAUUAUAUUUGACCACGCCAAACCCAUCAAAUAUGAUUCCACCUCCUAACAUUGAAGAACGUCACGUCAAAGAACUGCUGCUAUGCGGACCUGGACCGUGCAAUUUGCUGCCGUCUGUGCGGCAAGCAUUAACUGGACCAAUUUUGUCUCCGAUAUGCGAUGAGUACUUUGAUAUUAUGUCCGAUAUACGAAUCGGCUUGAAAUAUGCGUUUCAAACGAAAACGGAGUUAAUCCUCGCUGUGAGUGGAUCAGGACACAGUGGGAUGGAGUGUAUCAUCACCAACCUCCUUGGUCCCAAAGACACGCUCUUGAUCGCCAAGAGAGGCAUUUGGGAUCUACGAGCUGAAACUAUCGCAUAUAAACACGGUAUACCCACAUAUAAAACAGAGGUGCCUAUAACUGCCACGUUCAGUUUCGAGCAAAUUGAAGCUGAACUGAAGAGAUUAAGACCGACAGCCCUUUUCAUCACCCAUGGGGAUUCAUCUACGGGUACCGUCCAAAAAUUGGAAGGUCUCGGGCACAUCUGUCACAAAUACGGUACGCUACUACUAGUUGAUACUGUAGUAUCACUCGGUGCAGAGCCAUUUUUUAUGGACGAAUGGGAAAUAGACGCAGUCUACACGUCAACGCAGAAGGCAUUUAGUGGUCCGGCCGGCAUCGCUCCAGUUGCAUUUAGCGAACUUGCCCAACAGAAGAUAAACAAUCGCACUCACGAGCCGCCAUUUUACUUCGAUAUUAAACUACUCGCGAGGCAGUGGAAUUGCUUUGAGAAACGGAAAGAAUAUCACCACACUUUGAGCCCUCCGCUAAUUUGGGCACUAAGAUGUUGUCUGAUCGAACUGUCAAAAGAAACUCUACAAAGAGCUUGGGAUCGACAUGCAUCCACCACUGCACUAUUCCACAAAUUCCUCAAAGAAUUGGGCUUCGAGUUCCUCAUACCUAAGCCAGAGGACAGACUCACCACAGUGACCACAGUAAAGGUUCCAAGUGGGUGCAGCGAACAGGAUUUCUUGAAAUAUAUCAGACAGAAACACGGAAUAGUUAUCUUCGGUGGGCUGGGCCCAACAGUGGGAAAAGCAUUGCGCGUUGGUAUCAUGGGGGUCAACUCGACACCAGCAAUAGCAGACAGAGUUGCUAAAGCAAUGGCUGACACAGCAAGAGGUUGUACGAAGAGUAAAAUUUGA